AUGGGGAUAAAGCUGAAACCCAAAGAAAUACAACUUCUCCUCGAAAAACUUUACAAGAAAGCAAGCGGAGAAUCAGAAAGCGACAUCCCUGAAUGCAACUUAUACGGCGAGAAAGAGCCGUGGCAAAUAUGGGAGGAGGCAAUAUUAGCAUCGGCAUGCAUGCAGGGUGGUGGUGCCACCGCCGCCGCCAUGUUAAUGAACCAAAAAGAAGUUUGCGUCUUCACAAAGGUGAAGAAGAAGACCCUCAACAGCUCGCGUAUUGACCAGACAGUGGGAAUCGGCAUGUGGAAAAUGGAGGACACCGGCGUCACGAUUUAUGGUAAUGCGACUACUAAUGAAGGAACUACUACGGAGCUUGUUGGAAUCAGAAAAAGGUUUCGGUAUGAGAGUAAGAUGGUCCAUCACGACCGUUGGAUCAUGUACAAGUAUGCCCUUCAACCCUCCAUGCUCACCCAUGCAAAAUUUCAAAAUUACGUGCUUUGUCAGAUCAAGAAGAUGGAGGGAUCAGAAAAGAAGAGGAAACCAGAAGAAGAAGAAGACAGGCUAGAUCAGAUCCUAACACUGAACCAUAUUGGACAUCAUGAUGAUGAGAAGGAGGAGAAUAUGAGGUUGACCAAUAUUGGACAUGAUGAUGGCAGUCAUAUAUUUAUUGACUUGUCUAACUCUGAUGACCAAAUUGUCGACAAUAUUAUUGAAACUAGUGCAUCGGUGCCGAUGGAUGAGAAACAAUCCAACAAUUCACCGGAAUCGAACUUUGACAACCAUACAAACUAG